AUGUCGCUGCUUCCUUCAGAUGAUCCAUUUGAUGAUAACAAUAGAAGAUCAAAUCGUCAACAACAACAACAACAAAAUUCAAAUACUCUGUUUGAUAUAGAUCUAUUAUCACAAUCUCCUCCACAACAGAGGACACAUAGCUCAGCUGCUAAUGAUAAUUAUGAAAAUGAUGUUAAUUUAUUAGGUGAUUCUUUCCAAAAUGAUUCACCAUAUUCAAAUAUUCCAAAUGAACAAUUUAAUAAUUUAAGAAAUGGGAUAAUACCACAAGAAACUAUUGAUUUAAAUGACCCGUUCAAUGAUAAAUCAAUUGAAAAAGAUUUAGAUGAUGAUCAUAAUGAUCCUUUUAGUGAUCCUGGAGCUACAAGAUCAAAUGGACUUUUUUCAAAUGUUCGUCAAAAAUUAGGUCUUGGUAAUGAAUACCAGGAUGUUGGUAUACCAUUAACUGAUUAUCCAAGUCAUGAUGACCCAUUUCAAGAUCCAACAGCAACAACAACAAGGAGAGGUGAAACAAAUCCAAGAGAUGAUAGACCUCCACCAGAUCGUGAUUUACAUGAAGAUGAAAGAAAUAUGUUUGAUAUUAGAAGAAUUUAUGAUAAAAUAAGAGGUCGUAAACAGAAAUUAGAUGUUAAUAAAGGUCCAAGAGUUAUUCAUUUAAAUGAUAAAUUUUCAAAUGAUGCAUUUGGUUAUGGUGAUAAUCAUGUUUCAACAACAAAAUAUAAUUUUGCAACUUUUUUACCAAAAUUUUUAUUUCAAGAAUUUUCAAAAUAUGCAAAUUUAUUCUUUUUAUUUACUUCAAUUAUUCAACAAGUUCCAAAUGUUUCCCCAACAAAUAGAUUUACAACAAUUGGUACAUUAAUUGUUGUCUUAUUAGUUUCUGCUAUAAAAGAAAUAUUUGAAGAUUUGAAAAGAGCAAAUUCUGAUAAAGAAUUGAAUUCUUCAAAAGUUGAAGUUUUAUCACCAGAUCAUGGUGAAUUUAUAACUAAAAAAUGGAUUAAUGUUUCAGUGGGGGAUAUUGUUAGUGUUAAAUCUGAAGAAGCUAUACCUGCAGAUUUAAUUUUAUUAACCUCAUCAGAACCAGAAGGGUUAUGUUAUAUUGAAACUGCAAAUCUUGAUGGUGAAACUAAUUUAAAAAUUAAACAAGCAAGAUCUGAAACUUGUCAUUUAGUUUCUCCAACUGAUUUAAUUUCAAUGAGAGGUAAAAUUUUUUCUGAACAACCAAAUUCAAGUCUUUAUACUUAUGAAGGUAACUUAAAUUUAUAUAAUAAGGAAUAUCCAUUAUCACCUGAACAAUUAUUAUUAAGAGGUGCAACUUUAAGAAAUACUGGCUGGAUUCAUGGUAUUGUGGUAUUUACAGGUCAUGAAACAAAAUUAAUGAGAAAUGCUACAGCAACUCCUAUCAAAAGAACUGCAGUGGAAAGAAUUAUUAAUUUACAAAUUAUUGCACUUUUUGGAAUGUUAAUUGUAUUAGCAUUAAUUUCAUCAAUUGGUAAUGUUAUAACAAUUUCAGUUAAUGCAGAUCAUUUAAAAUAUUUAUAUUUAGAAGGUCAUAGUAAAGUUGGAUUAUUUUUUAAAGAUUUAUUAACUUAUUGGAUUUUAUUUUCAAAUUUAGUUCCAAUUUCAUUAUUUGUUACAGUGGAGUGUAUUAAAUAUUAUCAAGCUUAUAUGAUUGCAUCUGAUUUAGAUUUAUAUGAUGAUGCAUCUGAUACUCCAACAGUCGUGAGAACUUCAAGUUUAGUGGAAGAAUUAGGUCAAAUUGAAUAUAUUUUCAGUGAUAAAACUGGUACAUUAACAAGAAAUAUUAUGGAAUUCAAAUCUUGUUCAAUUGCAGGUCGUUGUUAUAUUGAUGAUAUUCCAGAAGAUAAACAUGCCAAAAUGAUUGAUGGUAUUGAAGUUGGGUUCCAUGAUUUUAAUAAAUUGAAAAAUAAUUUACAAACUGGUGAUGAAGCUAAUUUAAUUGAUGAAUUUUUAACUUUAUUAGCAACUUGUCAUACAGUUAUUCCAGAAACUCAAGCUGAUGGUUCAAUUAAAUAUCAAGCUGCUUCACCUGAUGAAGGUGCUCUGGUUCAAGGUGGUGCAGAUUUAGGUUAUAAAUUUAUUGUACGUAAACCAAAAUCAGUUGCUGUUGAAAUUGGAUCUGAAACAAAAGAAUAUGAAUUAUUACAUAUUUGUGAAUUUAAUUCAACAAGAAAAAGAAUGUCUGCUAUUCUGAGAUAUCCAGAUGGUUCAAUUAGAUUAUUUUGUAAAGGUGCUGACACUGUUAUUUUGGAAAGAUUACAUGAAGAUAAUCCAUAUGUUAAUUCUACAACACGUCAUUUAGAAGAUUAUGCAGCUGAAGGUUUAAGAACACUUUGUAUUGCAACAAGAAUAAUCCCAAAUGAAGAAUAUGAAAAUUGGCACAAGAUUUAUGAAUCUGCAGCUACAGAUUUAAAUGAUAGAUCACAAAAAUUAGAUGAUGCUGCUGAAUUAAUUGAAAAAGAUUUAUUCUUGUUAGGUGCAACUGCUAUUGAAGAUAAAUUACAAGAUGGUGUCCCAGAAACUAUUCAUACUUUACAAGAUGCAGGUAUUAAAAUUUGGGUUUUAACAGGUGAUCGUCAAGAAACUGCUAUAAAUAUUGGUAUGAGUUGUAAAUUAUUAAGUGAAGAUAUGAAUUUAUUAAUUGUUAAUGAAGAUUCAGUAGAGGGAACAAGACAAAAUUUAUUAUCAAAAUUAAGAGCAAUAAGAGAAUAUAAAAUUUCAAAACAUGAAAUUGAUACAUUAGCUUUAAUUAUUGAUGGUAAAUCAUUAGGUUAUGCUCUUGAUGAUUGUGAUGAUUUAUUAUUAGAAUUAGGUUGUCUUUGUAAAGCUGUUAUUUGUUGUAGAGUUUCUCCAUUACAAAAAGCAUUAGUUGUUAAAAUGGUUAAAAAGAAGAAGAAAUCAUUAUUAUUAGCUAUUGGUGAUGGUGCUAACGAUGUUAGUAUGAUUCAAGCUGCUCAUGUUGGUAUUGGUAUUAGUGGUAUGGAAGGUAUGCAAGCUGCAAGAAGUGCAGAUUUUGCAAUUGGACAAUUUAAAUAUUUAAAAAAAUUAUUAUUAGUUCAUGGUGCAUGGAGUUAUCAAAGAAUUAGUCAAGCAAUUUUAUAUUCAUUUUAUAAAAAUAUUGCAUUAUAUAUGACCCAAUUUUGGUUUGUUUUUAUGAAUUGCUUUUCAGGUCAAUCAAUUAUGGAAUCUUGGACUUUAACUUUUUAUAAUGUUUUCUUUACAGUUUUACCACCAUUUGUUAUUGGUGUUUUUGAUCAAUUUGUUUCAGCUAGAUUAUUAGAUCAAUAUCCUCAAUUAUAUCAAUUAGGUCAAAAGGGUACUUUUUUCAAUGUUACAAUUUUUUGGGGUUGGGUUGUUAAUGGAUUUUUCCAUUCUGCUGUUAUUUUUGUUGGUAGUAUAUUAUUUUAUAGAUUUGAUAAUUCAUUACAUGGAGGUGAAACUGCAGAUCAUUGGACUUGGGGUACAGCUAUUUAUACAGCUUCAGUAUUGACUGUCUUGGGUAAAGCUGCAUUAAUUACAAAUUCAUGGACAAAAUUCACAUUAUUUGCAAUUCCAGGUUCUUUCUUAUUUUGGUUAAUUUUUUUCCCAGUUUAUUCAACAGUUGCACCUUUAGUUAAUGUUUCAAAAGAAUAUAAAGGUGUUUUAUCCCAUUUAUAUACAAGUGCAACAUUUUGGGCAAUGGUAUUUGUAUUACCUAUAUUAUGUUUAUUAAGAGAUUUUGGCUGGAAAUAUUAUAAAAGAAUGUAUUAUCCAGAAAGUUAUCAUUAUGUUCAAGAAAUUCAAAAAUUUAAUACAGCAAAUUAUAGACCAAGAAUUGAACAAUUUCAAAAAGCAAUUAGAAAAGUUAGACAAGUUUCAAGAAUGAGAAAACAAAGAGGUUUUGCAUUUUCUCAAGUUGAAGGUGGACAAGAAAAAAUUAUUAGAAUGUAUGAUACUACUAAAUCAAGAGGUCAAUAUGGGGAGAUGAGAGAAGCAGAAUUUGCAUGA